GUUUUCGUUUGACUGCUCAAGUGAGGUUGUUCAGGAUGACGGAAGACCAUCCCGCCCUCACAUGGCUAGCGUUGUACAACGAUUAGAUUAGAUUCACUGCAAGGCUUUAGAGCGUGUCGACGGGCGCGGAAUAUCACGCGCCAUCUGCCCAGCCAACUCAGGAUGUUGUCGCAAUUACCGGCCAAGCAUACGCCCGAUUGUAAGUCAAUUUAGGCUUCACCCAUCCUCCUUUACCUCCACUAACCACCAUGAGCGACGUAACGUCUCCUGCCGAGGAAGCAACCCACCGUAAGGGUACUACAUCUACGGGCGAUAAUAUCAAGUCCUUCGUCUCUGGUGGUGUUGGAGGUAUCGCAGCAGUACUUGUCGGUCAUCCAUUCGAUUUGACGAAGACGCGUCUGCAGACCGCACCGCCAGGUAGUUAUACGGGAGCGAUCGAUGUGGUCAAGAAAACUGUGGCUCGUGAUGGCAUAACAGGGUUAUAUCGUGGUGUUGUUCCACCGUUACUCGGUGUCACACCUAUAUUUGCGGUCUCAUUCUGGUCCUACGAUAUCUCCAAGGUGCUCAUUUACAAAUUGACACCCAAUCGAACAAGUAAAGAGCUCUCUGUAGCUGAAUACGCUGUCGCCGGUUUCUUGUCGGCGAUUCCCACUACUCUGGUGACCGCUCCUGUCGAAAGAGCAAAAGUCUUGCUGCAGGUGCAAGGACAAGGACAAGCGGGUCCGCAAUAUAACGGUGUGUUCGACGUUGUGAAACACCUGUACAAAGAGGGAGGAAUUCGGAGUGUAUUCCGCGGUUCAGCAGCAACUGUCUUGAGAGAUGGACCAGGCAGUGCGGCGUACUUCGCAGCAUAUGAGGUUGUUAAGAAGCUCUUGACACCUGCUGGCGCCUCUCCGUCAGACCUGAAUCUUGGUGCUAUCAUUAUCGCAGGUGGAUCAGCAGGAGUCGCUAUGUGGUCGAUAGCCAUUCCUCCCGAUGUGCUUAAAUCCCGUAUACAAUCCGCACCCACAGGAACAUAUUCGGGGUUCCUCGAUUGUGCGCGGAAAACAAUAGCUGUCGACGGUGUUACGGCGUUGUGGAAAGGGUUGGGUCCGGCCAUGGCUCGUGCGUUCCCUGCAAACGCUGCUACAUUCCUCGGCGUGGAGGCUUCAAAGAAGUUGCUUGACAAGUACAUUUAGCACGUUAUAUCACUUUGACACUUCCUACACCAUCUCGUUUCUGGAUGAUGACCUAUGCAAUAUAUGUACCAACAUCUUUCAUCGUCGUCAUUCAGGAUUUGCAGUCCGAAGAUAGAUGUAAUUCCGCUUUAGUAUCAGAAACAGUCCGAAAUUGUGAACG